GCGGCAGGAGGAGGAGGAGAAGGAGCAGGCAGCGGCGGCGGCGGGGGGAGGAGGGGAGGAGGCGGCGGAGCAGGAGGUGGAGAAGGUGGAGGAGGCAGUCGCUCUCCGCGGGGCCGAGCCGGACGCGUCUUCUUGCCCCCCUCCCCCCGGCUCGCCGCUGCCGCCGUGUAGUUGGCGCCGCUGGCCGGGCUGAGAGUGAGCGCGGUGUGGACGGAGGGAGAUGGCCCGGGAGCGCCGGCGCCAGUAACGGGGAGGUGCUGAGAGUCGCCGAGGGCCGCCGGGCCCUGGUGCCGGUGCUGCCGCCCGCCCGCCGCCUGCGCGCCCGCCCGCCCGCCCCUCGCGGCCGCUCUCCCCUCCCCCGACACACACUCACAGGCCGGGCAUUGAUGGUAAUGUAUGCGAGGAAACAGCAGAGACUCAGUGAUGGCUGUCACGACCGGAGGGGGGACUCGCAGCCUUACCAGGGGGGUGAUGUUUUACAGGCACUUAAAUAUUCAUCGAAGAGUCACCCCAGUAGCGGUGAUCACAGACAUGAAAAAAUGCGAGACGCUGCAGAUCCUUCACCACCAAAUAAAAUGUUGCGGAGAUCUGAUAGUCCUGAAAACAAAUAUAGUGACAGCACAGGUCACAGUAAGGCCAAAAAUGUGCAUAUUCACAGAGUUAGAGAGAGGGAUGGUGGGACCAGUUACUCUCCACAAGAAAACUCACACAACCACAGUGCUCUUCAUAGUUCAAAUUCACAUUCUUCUAAUCCAAGCAAUAAUCCAAGCAAAACUUCAGAUGCACCUUAUGAUUCUGCAGAUGACUGGUCUGAGCAUAUUAGCUCUUCUGGGAAAAAAUACUACUACAAUUGUCGAACAGAAGUUUCACAGUGGGAAAAACCGAGAGAGUGGCUUGAAAGAGAACAGAGGCAAAAAGAAGCAAACAAGCUGGCAGUUAAUAGCUUCCCAAAAGAUAGAGAUUACAGAAGAGAGGUGAUGCAAGCAACAGCCACUAGUGGGUUUGCCAGUGGAAUGGAAGACAAGCAUUCCAGUGAUGCCAGUAGUUUGCUCCCACAGAAUAUUUUGUCUCAGACAAGCAGACACAAUGACAGAGACUACAGACUGCCAAGAGCAGAGACUCACAGUAGUUCUACGCCAGUACAGCACCCCAUCAAACCAGUGGUUCAUCCAACUGCUACCCCAAGCACUGUUCCUUCUAGUCCAUUUACGCUACAGUCUGAUCACCAGCCAAAGAAAUCAUUUGAUGCUAAUGGAGCAUCUACUUUAUCAAAACUGCCUACACCCACAUCUUCUGUCCCUGCACAGAAAACAGAAAGAAAAGAAUCUACGUCAGGAGACAAAUCUGUAUCACAUUCUUGCACAACUCCUUCCACGUCUUCUGCCUCUGGACUGAAUCCCACAUCUGCACCUCCAACAUCUGCUUCAGCAAUCCCUGUUUCUCCUGUUCCACAGUCACCAAUACCUCCAUUACUUCAGGACCCAAAUCUUCUUAGACAGUUGCUUCCUGCUUUGCAAGCCACACUGCAACUUAAUAAUUCUAAUGUGGACAUAUCCAAAAUAAAUGAAGUUCUUACAGCAGCUGUGACACAAGCCUCACUGCAGUCUAUAAUCCAUAAGUUUCUCACUGCUGGACCAUCUGCUUUCAACAUAACGUCUUUGAUCUCUCAAGCUGCGCAACUCUCCACACAAGCCCAGCCAUCUAAUCAGUCUCCAAUGUCUUUAACAUCUGAUGCAUCAUCCCCAAGAUCGUAUGUGUCUCCAAGAAUAAGCACACCUCAAACUAACACAGUCCCUAUCAAACCUUUGAUUAGUACUCCUCCCGUUUCAUCACAGCCAAAGGUCAGUACUCCAGUAGUCAAGCAAGGACCAGUUUCACAAUCAGCCACACAGCAGCCUGUAACUGCUGACAAGCAGCAAGGUCAUGAACCUGUCUCUCCUCGAAGUCUUCAGCGCUCAAAUAGCCAGAGAAGCCCAUCACCUGGUCCAAAUCAUACUUCUAGUAGUAAUGCAUCAAAUGCAGCAGUUGUACCACAGAAUUCAUCUGCCCGACCUACGUGUUCAUUAACACCUACGCUAGCAGCACACUUCAAUGAAAAUCUCAUCAAACAUGUUCAAGGAUGGCCUGCUGAUCAUGCGGAGAAGCAGGCAUCGAGAUUGCGAGAAGAAGCCCAUAACAUGGGAAGUGUUCACAUGUCAGAAAUUUGUACUGAGUUAAAAAAUUUAAGAUCUCUAGUCCGAGUAUGUGAAAUUCAAGCAACUUUGCGAGAGCAAAGGAUACUAUUUUUGAGACAACAAAUUAAGGAACUUGAAAAGCUAAAAAAUCAGAAUUCCUUCAUGGUGUGAAGAUGUGAAUAAUUGCACAUGGUUUUGAGUACAGGAACUGUAAAUCUAUUGCCCAAUCUUAACAUUUUUGAGCUGCAUUUAAGUAGACUUUGGACCGUUAAGCUGGGCAAAGGAAAUGACAAGGGGACGGGGUCUGUGAGAGUCAAUUCAGGGGAAAGAUACAAGAUUGAUUUGUAAAACCCUUGAAAUGUAGAUUUCUUGUAGAUGUAUUCUUCACGUUGUAAAUAUGUUUUGUAGAGUGAAGCCAUGGGAAGCCAUGUGUAACAGAGCUUAGACAUCCAAAACUAAUCAAUGCUGAGGUGGCUAAAUACCUAGCCUUUUACAUGUAAACCUGUCUGCAAAAUUAGCUUUUUUUAAAAAAAAAAAAUUUGGGGGGUUAAUUUAUCAUUCAGAAAUCUUGCAUUUUCAAAAAUUCAGUGCAAGCGCCAGGCGAUCUGUGUCUAAGGAUACGAUUUUGAACCAUAUCGGCAGUGUACAAAAUAUCAUGAAACAACUGUUUUCACACUUGCACCUGAUCAAGAGCAGUGCUUCUCCAUUUGUUUUGCAGAGAAAUGUUUUUCAUUUCCUGUGUGUUCCAUUUCCCUCUGAAAUCCUCGAUCUGAUUUGUCCAUUUUUUAAAGCUCCUCUUUUUCUCCCUUCUUAAGGCACUGUUGCUAUGGCACUUUUCUAUAACCUUUCAUUCCUCUGUACAGUAGCUUCAACUUGCAGUGAUUGAGCAUAACCCACUGUUUGUAUAAAUUAUUGAAAUCCAUUUGCACCCUCUUAGAAUGGACUGAAAAGUACUGCUGGGCAUGUGUGCUGAAAGUACAUGGAUUGCUCGCUUAUGAGGAAAUGGCCCAAUGAACAUGGUUGUGGGAGGGGAAAGAGGAAACAAAGCUAGUCAGAUGUGAAUUGUAUCUGUUGUAAUAAACAUGUUAAAACAAACAAAAAUUGUUAUUUUUCUUUUCCUUCGGUCAAUGCAUAUUAGAAUUUGAACUACCUGGGGAUUCUUUAUCAGAACUAUUCUUGUUGACUAUUUAUACUUAAUUGAAAUAAUUCCUUAAGGGAGGUUUUGUUUAAAGCAUAUUAACAGGAAAUUGUGUAUAAGAUAUUUAAUGAAAUAUGAAAUUCAACAAGAAUGAUUGAGUCACUUCCCAAGUGGUUGUCGUUCGUUAAGCCUUGGUUACCUGUCUCGCUGUUACGACAUUUCGUUUUGAAGGGUGCUUGUGUUGUAGCUAACUGUUCGAGUCUGGUGCUGACUCCUGUUCUUAGCCAUCACAAAACGCUCAGUUUGUGUAAUUGGAGCUUCCUGCUGUUGUCUGGAAAUGGCGGGAAAGCUCAGCUUUGUAUAUUGUUUCCUAAAGUAUAUUAAAAUAAAAAAAGAAACUAUUGCUACUAUAAAAUUACCUUGGCUUUUUUUUUCUUUGCUAAAAUAUUGGUCACAUGGCCUUAGCAUGACACUGCCAGUAUUAUAUCAAAUAACAAGGGUUUCUUUAUGCAGAAAAAUCUUUUAAUUUGAAAAUCUUACCUGAGUUAGAGACUUUUUUUUCCUGUUGAGGCAGAUGUAUUCAUGUGCUUUCAGAACUGCCAGCACCAAGGGCUUAUUUUGUGAUGAUAGACAUUAAUGUGAUUACAUUAUGGAAUACUAAACUUCUGAAAUUGCUCUUGUGCUUUAAGCAUAUUUAAAGUAUAGAAGAUAAUGCUCAGGCUUUUUAAUUUUAAAAAGUAAACUGUAAGCAAUAGUAUGGAUAUUUUCUAAAAUACAAAAAAUGUUCCAGUUUAAUUGAGAGGAAUUAAAAUCUUAUACUGGCAACUGAUUUUUUUUUUAUUGUAACUUGAGAGUACUUUCAAAAUGUAAGAAAAGACAUGUCAUAAAUUAUCGUCAUGAAAUGUUCAUACCUGUGAGAUUGUUAACAUUUGCUGGACUUGGUUAGUGCAUGUAAAUGAAACUGAAGAACUAUGUUAAGCCAGAUGCAGUCCUCUGUCUUUCCGGGAAAGAAGUGAGCAAUUUGUGAUGUAGUAUGCAAAUAUUUUCUGAUCAGAUAGCAGCUUGACUUGGUCAGACAACAGCUUGACUUGUGAUUUAAGGUAAAUUUGAAUUUGACUUGCUAAUAGUUUAUUGAUCUAUGUCACCUUAUUCCUUUGCUUUAACAAAUGUUUACAUUCCUAAAUGAAUUGCUCACGUAUAUAUAGGAGAAGAUUCCUAAUUUGAAAUUUCUUGGUGAAUUUUUAAACAAAAUUAAAAGUUUUUGGAAAUA